AAUUAAUUUUGUCCUCCCAAUGUCCUAAUCGCAUAUGGAGCUCACAAUAACCAACAAUACCAGACUCCAACCAUGACCCUCUCCGAAACCCCCGCCUGGAAGGCCCUURCCGCCCACUAUGAGGAAACCAACACCCACACGAUGAAGGAUAUGUUCGCCGCAGAUCCUGAGCGUUUCAGCAAGUUCAACCUUGAAUUUGAAAGCAUUCUCUUGGACUUCUCCAAGAACCGCAUCAACGAAGAAACAAUGAAGCUUCUCUACGGACUCGCCAAGCAGCAGGAUGUCAGUGGCCUCGCCAAGAAGAUGUUUUCUGGAGAGAAAAUCAGUAAGUGAUGCAAGCUGAAUAUAUAGGAGAGGAAUGAAUCAAAGAUGCAUAWAUCUUCUUGUUUCSUGCAAAAAWWRUUCGACGACGACGGAAAAAAUCAUUGUCAGYAUGGAUUUAUUGGAUGACCUUCCCCGGYCUAACACAGAAUUCCGAUUUUUGUAACAAAAAUACUGUGCGAACYGACUUACUUUUCAAAUCGGAUAGACGAAACCGAGGGCCGCGCCGUUUUGCACGUCGCCCURAGAAACCAAUCCAACACUCCCAUUAUUGUCGACGGAAAGGACGUCAUGCCCGAAGUGAACGAAGUUCUCGGGCGCAUCAAGGCUUUUACGGAGAAGGUUCGAUCCGGAGAAUGGAAGGGACAAACUGGAAAGUCAAUCACGGACRUUGUCAACAUCGGUAUYGGAGGAUCGGACCUCGGACCCGUCAUGGUCUGCGAGGCACUAAAGCCAUACUCAAAGCGCGACCUGAAGAUGCACUUUUGCUCCAACGUCGACGGUACACACAUUGCCGAAAUCCUCAAAUCAGUCGAUCCCGAAACCACUCUAUUUUUGGUCGCCUCGAAAACAUUUACCACGCAGGAGACCAUGACCAACGCGGGAACCGCUAAGGCCUUUGUCUUGAAGGCCUUCGACGGAGAUGAAUCCUCCGUCGCCAAGCACUUUGCGGCCCUCUCUACCAAUGCCGCCGGUGUUUCUAAGUUCGGUAUCGAUACCGAAAAUAUGUUUGGAUUCUGGGACUGGGUCGGUGGACGAUACUCCCUGUGGAGUGCAAUCGGAACCCCUAUCGCCCUUUCGAUUGGUUUCGACAACUGGAUGGAAAUGCAUGCCGGUGCCCACGCCAUGGAUAACCACUUUUUGAACACCCCCGCCGAAAAGAAUCUCCCCAUGACACUCGCYCUGAUUGGUAUYUGGUACAACAACUUUUAUGGAUCCGAAACCUGUGCUGUUUUGCCAUACGACCAAUACAUGCACCGAUUCGCCGCCUACUUCCAACAGGGAGAUAUGGAAUCCAACGGAAAGUACAUCAACAAAGACGGAGAAAAGGUCGACUGCCAAACCGGCCCMAUCAUUUGGGGAGAACCCGGAACCAACGGACAGCACGCCUUUUACCAAUUGAUCCAUCAGGGAACCAAGCUCAUYCCGUGCGAUUUCCUGGCUCCCUGCAAAUCUCACAACGACGUCACAACCGGAAUCGGUGGGCCAACCGACCACCACCCCAUCCUUAUGUCCAAUUACUUUGCCCAGACYGAGGCCCUCGCUUUUGGAAAGGACGCCGCYACCGUGCGAGCGGAACUCGCCGCCUCCGGAAUGGAYGAGGCUGCCAUCGAAAAGCUCCUCCCCCACAAGGUYUUCGARGGCAACAAGCCCACCAACUCGUUUUUGUUCGAGAAGCUUACUCCUCGCACRCUGGGAAGCCUGAUCGCUCUCUACGAAAUGAAGAUUUUCACACAAGGUGCCAUCUGGAACAUCAACUCUUUCGAUCAGUGGGGUGUCGAACUCGGAAAGCAGCUCGCGAAGGCGAUCUACCCCGAACUUACGGCCGAGGGCGAAGUUAACUCCCAUGACUCUUCCACCAACGGGCUCAUUAAYUAUUUCAAGAAAAACAUGUAAUUUAAAACAAUCAAACCAACCAGGAAACUAUUCGGCUACGGCCCACGUUCUUAUCUAUGUCCAAUACARCUAYGUUGAAGCUGGCAGAGAAUAGCAACCAGUGGAAGACGAGGACAACUUUUUCUUUUAAUUUUAAUUCAAUUUUGUCGCUGUCAUUCAAAUUAAAAGAACGCUUGAAUUCUUUUGAUGAGGUAUUGAAAGUGCUCCACAAUAAUMUCCAGUUGAAUGCUACUUUUUCAUUGCAUUUUAACACCAUGUCAUUGUGAAGAAGGCAGAAUGGCACACCAUCAGUCACAUGCAUGCAAAUUAAAGAAGYAGAUAGAAAUGGCUUGAAUGUCACAAGAUGUGAUUCCAAAAUAGAAAGAAAAAAAGASAUUCCGAUACCUUUCGAAGAUUCAUAUCGUUGUCGGGGUCAUUGUUAUUGUGCUUGUCACAAGUUGUGACAUCGUAUUUUCCGCAACUGUGUUCCGAUAAACGGGUGACUGACUCACUCGAAUGCACCAAUCAACGAUCUUAGUCCCGAACAGCUGUUGGAUAUGUUUCAGAGACAUUGUGACGUCUAUGACGUAUGCGUGUGUCGGAGUGUUACAGAAACACGCGCGUAGAGAAACGACACAAUUAUUAGAAUUAGUUUCUGUGCCGUGCGUUGGAAUGAGAAUCUAGAAUGCUUUUUCGUUUUCCGCUUCCAGUUUUACUACUAGGAGUAACGUAUGGUACAGACAGAACCUUACAGUACCGUAACGUGAAGGGGUUCCGGUUCGGUAGAUAAAACUGCUACGUAAAACUGCAGUAAUAGAGUUACGAAGAACACCUGUAGGUACGUACGUGCUUGCGCGCGUUUGGAUUUAGAAAAAUCGAUCAUUCUCCUUCUUCUUCGGUUUGCCAAAAUUAUUGGAGGGUCAAUCUUUUUGGUGUCUUUGUCGAAAUUGGAUUCAGUCARUAUCAUCCUUCCCAUAAUAUAAAUACGAUUGAAUACCUAAACACUUUCGAACAAAUAAAUAGAUACUUUCAAAAUGAACACUGCGUAAGUACACCACUUCGGACCUGGCUGUAUAACUCUUGCUGAACUUCUCUCCAAUGAAGAUGCUGAGACUCUCGUGCACUCUCACUGCGAGACGUCGGAUGUCGGAAAAAUAAGUUGUGUAGAAUCGACGGCUGUGGAGACUUCUUCUCCUCAAAAUAUAUGUGGUUUCGGCAAAAAAUCAAUCGAGGAUCGAUAAAAUACAUCCCGUCUAUUUUUUUCAAUUCUCUCAUUUUGAACCAUUAUCCAUUAAAUUUGCAAAAAAAUAUCUUUUGAAUCUUUGUUUUCGUCGUAUCUAACAGAGCUGAACUCCAAGCAAACCGCCCCGAUGGAUCGGCCG